AUGAACCCUAAAUGUACUGGGCGUCCGUCACCUUGCAAGGCAUGUCAGAACACCGAAGCGGAAUGUAUAUUCGAUGAAACCCUCGACCUGAGACGUAAAGUCGCCGCCAAACGAACACUUGGAGAGUUGGAGUACUACCGAAGUUUGCUGAAAUCUCUGCUGGAGUCGAUCAGAUCAUCCACAGAAGAAAAGCUCCAUCACAUUUUACAUACCAUAAGGAACAGUCCCUCCUUAAAUGACGUCGCCUCCGUUAUAGACGCACCAGCCAUAGAUAGAAGUGACGUGAGAUCAGAAAGUCUUAAAGGCAUAAGCAGUGCAGAGGAUGCCAUCGUGCAACAAGAACGACUGUCAGCAGAUGCCCACUCCCGGAUAGCAUUGGAGAAGCUUUGUGAUAUGCCACUGUUCCAAGUCCCGGCCAAACCCUGGACAAGAAUCACUGUUGACAAUCAUCUUGUUUCACAUUUGGUCUCUUUAUACUUCACAUGGGACCACCCUCUGUCACAAAUUAUUGAUCAAAAUAUGUUCCUUGAACAUAUGAACAAAUGCGACACAAGCUCAGAAUUUUGCACUCCUCUGCUCGUCAACAGUCUCCUCGCUAUGGCAAGUGCCUACUCUGACUUCCCCGAAGUCUUCGCAACCCCAGAUGACGUAACCUCAAAAGGCAAACAUUUCUAUAGCGAGGCUGAGAGGCUGUGGAAAGCCGAAGAUGGGCAGGUGUCGUUGACCAAUAUUCAAGCUGUGACUGUUAUGAGCUGUGUCUUAAAGUUCCAAGCAAAGGAUCACGCAAGCUGGUUAAUGCUGAGGCAAGCUGUGCAGCUUUCACAAGAUUUUGGGAUGUUCCAAGUCCCAAGGACUGGCCAUCAAGAGUGGAAGAAGACACAUAUUAAUGUUCAAUAUGCCGGGAUUACAACGGCUUGGGGGAUCUUUGCUCUGAACUCGCAGAUGUCCUUGGAAUUGAGUAAGGUUGCAAACCUUGAACGCCCGCGAUUUAGACUAUUUAUGAGGGAAAAAUUUGAUGUCGACGUUGAGUGGGCACCAUAUCCCAGCUCAAACAAAACAGAAUAUGCCAAGAAGCCCGCUUUACUCCGUUCCGUUAUGGUGCAAAUGACAGAGCUAAUUGAAAUAAUUGUGGAGAUCCAAGAUUUGUUGUUUGAUAAGUCACUGGACUUAGGGAUUGACGACAUGUGGACAGCGGCGAACAAGUUGUAUAUCCGCCUAGGGUCGUGGCUGGAAAGACUACCAGAUUUCUUGCAGGUGGACGAGGAGCAGAUCCCACAGGUUCUGUUCUUGCACAUAAAAUACCACCACACAAUAAUCGUAUUGUCCAGAUUCUUUUUGAGACACGAAAAAUACGGAAGGUCGUCGCAUUCAUCCGAGAUUGGGCAAGUUCGGUCAACCCAGCUUCAAUCAGCUAACCAAAUCACUCGAUGCCUUCGUGUUCAGCAUGCCUCCUAUGGGCUUCGACAUAUACCACGGCAGAUGCUCGAGCCCACCAAUGACAGUGCCCUUGCCAUGCUAGUUGCCUUAGAGCACGAAGAGUUCCAAGAGUCGUUUAUAGAUUCAUUGCGGUUUCUGAUCGCCUUUAGCAAAAGGCUCCCCCAGGCCCGAGAUAUGGUGCGUAAUAUUGAAGAGACGGCUAGGGAAUUGAAAAUUCUAUUGCCAUUAGAGGCCAGUGCGGUGCUCGAUCAUAGAGAAUUAGAAUCCUCUCAAUGGCUGUGA